AUGAAUGAUGGUCGUCGAACGAUAAUAUAUUUAUUAGAUGGUCGCAAACUGGAAAUAAUAAUUCAGCGGCGAUUGUUUACUAAUGAAUUAUUAAAUAUAAUCGCAAGUCAUGUUUCGUUAAAGGAACCUGAUAAGAAAUAUUUCGCACUGGCUUAUAUCGAUAAAUUGUUUUUUUUACAAUUAGCGGAAAAAUCGUUAACAUAUGGCAGUCAUUUUUAUGAAGUAAUUGAUAAAAGUGGUAUAUUAUGGACUUUGGCAAUUAAUAAUAAGGGAAUAUAUCAAUAUUCGCCGAAUAAUAUUUGUGAACCGAAAAAGGUUUAUAUUUUUGUGCUUUUUUUUUUACAAAAAUAUGAAAAAACACAUCGACGAACUGUAUUAUCGUCUUCGUUGUCAGUACAUAUUUUUACAUUUUUUUGUGAAACAACGUUGCUUUGUAAAACAAUUUGGUCAACGGCUAUUGAAUUACAUCAAUUUUAUUUGGAUCAGCGAACUAAUACAAGAUUAAAUAAAAUCAGUGGUGAUUGUAACAAGGAAAUGAAGAGGAGUAAUUAUAAAAUAAUGUAA